CAAGGACCAACUUUUUUCCAACUGCUAGUUCUCAUCUACUAUUUAGUACAGAAGGCCUCUUCCACUUUCAGUAACUGAGGCUAUUUGGUUAGACUUCUAAGUAUACAACACAUAUCUCCACUCCCCAUCUUCCACUGGUUUAGCAAUGGCUCCUACUACUCCAAGAGUGAUAAUUCCCAUAGACCCGACGAAGAAGCCAUGGGAACAGAAGCUACCCCUUCACAACCGCUGGCACCCGGACCUACCGCCAGUUGCAGAGGUUAAAGUUGGUGAGUUCUUCAGAAUGGAGAUGAUAGAAUGGACUGGAGGUUUCAUCUCCGACAAUGACUCAGCGGUUGAUAUGAAAACUGUAGAUUUAUCCACUGUGCACUAUCUCAGUGGACCCAUUCGGGUAUUGGAUGAAGAGGGCAUUGCAGCCAAACCAGGUGAUCUUCUUGCAGUAGAAAUCUGCAACUUGGGUCCCCUCCCAGGAGCUGAAUGGGGUUAUUCAGGAAUAUUUGACAGAGAAAAUGGGGGAUGUUUUCUGACUGACCAUUUCCCAGGGGCAGCGAAAGCAAUUUUUCAUUUCGAAGGGAUAUAUACCCACUCUCCUCAGAUCCCAGGAGUACGAUUUCCUGGUUUAACCCACCCAGGUAUAAUUGGAACAGCACCAUCAACUGAACUCCUACAAAUAUGGAAUGAAAGGGAAGGGCACCUUGUAGAAACUGGCAUCCAAUCUCUGACAUUAUGUGAUGUCCUGCACUUACGUCCCUUGGCAAACCUGCCAACACCAAAGGGCUGUCUUCUAGGAAAGGUUGAAGAAGGCACACCUGAGUGGAAUAAGAUUGCAAGUGAAGCUGCAAGGACAAUCCCAGGAAGAGAAAAUGGAGGAAAUUGUGACAUCAAGAAUCUCAGCAGAGGUUCAAAGAUAUACCUUCCAGUAUUUGUAGAUGGAGCAAAUUUUAGUGCAGGUGACAUGCAUUUCUCUCAGGGUGAUGGUGAAGUUUCAUUCUGUGGAGCAAUAGAGAUGAGUGGAUUUCUAGAGCUCAAGUGUGAAAUCAUAAGGGGUGGAAUGAAGGAGUACCUGACACCAAUGGGCCCCACUCCCCUUCAUGUAAACCCAAUCUUUGAGAUUGGCCCUGUUGAACCAAGAUUCUCAGAAUGGUUGGUAUUUGAGGGUAUCAGUGUAGACGAACAAGGAAAGCAGCACUACCUUGAUGCAACUGUAGCAUACAAACGUGCAGUACUCAAUGCGAUUGAUUACCUCUCCAAAUUUGGUUACACUAAGGAACAGGUCUAUAUUCUGCUAUCAUGCUGCCCCUGUGAAGGAAGGAUUGCAGGAAUAGUUGAUGCCCCCAAUGCCUGUGCAACUCUUGCAAUUCCAACAGCUAUCUUUGACCAGGAUAUUCGCCCCAAAUCCAGCAAAAUACCCCGUGGACCACGGGUCGUGAGGACGCCAGAUGUCUUGAAGUGCAGUUACGAAGGAAAUUUGCCCAUCACAAAGAACCCUGGUGGCUCUACAUAAUUGAACCUAGAGCUAUAAGAAGCCCUAGUCCCCUUGGUUGCAUGUUUCAGAGAACGUGAUAAUAAGAAAAUUUGCAGCAUUCUCAGAAAACUAGUGUUAAGAGUGAGCAUAAAUGCACCACGUUUCAUAUGAAAUGAACCGUUGGCGGAAAAAAUGAAGGAAAGGUUUGGACCAAAUAAAUAUUGUAAGGUGUCAGGUUGAAGUCUAUCAAGCUUGAAUAUUAGAAUUUCUGGUACUGAAAUAAUGGAUGGCAGAGUUUUUCUU